CUCUCCCUUGUCACAUGGUGAAUAUGUGCGACAGUGCCGCCAAAGGAGAUGAUGACGGCCCAUGCGGCAGCAACGGAUGCCAGGCAAUAUCCAGAUCCGACAAUCAGCGCGACCAUUCCUCGUCUGCCUCCCCCCUCUGUUACAGAUGCAAGGAGCGGCGAGCGGUAGUCAGGACGAGAGAUAAGGCGUGCAGCGAUUGCUUCUCACACGAGCUGGAGCGGUCCUUCCGCAGCGCUCUGCGCAUCGAUUGCGGCGUCAGCAAGGGCACCGAGGUGAUUGUCGGCCUGUCAGGGGGGAUGGGCUCGACCACCCUGCUGCAUCUGAUGCUCAAGGCGAGCACGGCAUCGGCCGCAGGGCGGCGGACCUCUUUCUCUAUUCACUCUGUCGUCUAUGUCAACCAGCGUGUGCUGCUGCCCUCUCGGUGUGCCGCACUGGGGGUGUCGGCGAGGGAGGCGGAGAGCGAGCUGAGGGCGUUCGUGGAAGGGAAAGGGCUGACGUUCGCUGCGGUUGAUGCGGGAAGCUCCGUGGGUUUUGAUGGUGGUGGUGGCGGUGGCGAGCAGCAGCCGUCCCUGGCCGAGCUGAUGGACGAUCUCUCGCAGCAAGACGUCAGCGCAGCAGAGGAGAUGAUGGAGAUCAUUCGGUGAGGAGAAUGAAGGGAACGAAUCAUGUGGCUGAGCUGACAAUGGUGGUGGUGGUGGCGGUGGAUGAUGGAUGCAUUGUGUGUGGCUGGGUGUGGCGUCUGUAAUGUAUCUAUCGUGUCUGUCUGUCAGGCACCGUGAUAUGUGUUGGUACGGCAGCCGCUGUGGUGUGUCCAAGGUCGUCUUGGGCACGUGUGCGGACCAGAUGGCCAAGCGGACUCUCACACUCACCUGCAGGGGAGGGGGAGCCUCGCUGCCGCUCGUCGCUGGAGCCACAGACAAUAGGUCAGGCAGUCAGACAGCGAUAGAUACCACACACACCACGUACAGCACUCACUAAUUUAUGGCGCUUGUCAUACUGGGUCAGGUUCGCCCCGUGUGGUCCGUCAUUUGUCCGUCCGCUGAAGGGUCUGUCUGCCAAGGAGGUGUGCAUCUACCACCACCUCUGCCACAUGCCCACCUUCUCCAAGAACCCCUUCUUCUUCGACCCGCCCGAGAGUGCCGCCCAGCCUCCAGGAGGGCUCAACAACCUUUGCGGGUCGUUCCUGCAGUCGCUGCAGGCGUCCUUUCCCUCGACAGUGCCGAUUGUCAAUAAGACGGCGCAGAAGCUAAGACUCGUGAGGCAUGACGGUGACGACGACUACGAGCCUGAUGAACAUGUGGCGGCCCAGCAAGGACAGCCGCUGGGUAGGGUAGGCACUGGAGUGAUGGGGCUAUGUUGUGGUCGGGCAUCUGAUAUAUCAGUCACUUGUCGUGUGUCUGUGUCUGUCUGUCUACUGUGUGUGCGGUGCAGGCCGGUGUUUGCUGUGCUUCGGUGUGCGCGAGAGCGACCGUGCGAAAGACCGGAUAUGCAGAUGGAGCCACAAGCAGCAGCAGGUACGCCAAAUCACACCACACCAACAGGCAGGAUGAUAAAUGACUGACGUGGUGUGAAUGAAGUGAAUGUGAUGUGCAGGUCUUGUCGCUGUUGGACGGUGGUCUGCGCGACUGUCUGUGUCACUCAUGUCUGCGGCUGGUGUCCACCUGUACAGCAGCUGCCAAGCUGGCCUCUCUGAUCACACGCAGACAGCCACUCGCCAGCACUACAGAGGCAGCAAGCAGAGGAUGAUGCUUCGAGUUGAUUGACGACUGAGUGACUGAGUGAAUGGGUGUGUUGAUCGAUGCUCAGCUGACUGCUGUGUGGAUAAAAAUGUGUGUGUGUGUGUGUGUGUGUGGGUGGAGUCAUCAAUGGCCUGCCUGAAAGCUAGCUACAGG